UUAAUUUCUUUUCAAAAUUUCUAUAAACGUCAAAAUAUAAAACGUCUUAUAAAAUAACCAAUAAAAUUCUCCUGAGCAGAGACUAAAAUAAAAUCGAACGUGUUCAUACAUUUUCUAAAUUUCUAAUUUUUUAAUAAUCAUAAUAACUGUACAAAUACUGGGUACAGCUAAUUACAUAAUCAUGAAACACGUGUAUCGGCGAAAAAAAUAAAUGCAGAUUUAGAGGUUACAUCUCAAAGAUAUUUGUGCGAGGAUAGAAAUUGCAUAAUUUCCCCGCGUGAUAUCUCGUAUUAAACUCACCGUAUAUCUUCUCCCUGUCUUUCGCGGACUUCACAACGGACGUUCUUGCGGCAUCCAUCGGUUCCGCCAUCGCAUUUGAGGGAAAAAAAAAAUCAUUGGCCGGUUAUUCCGCCAUUUUUAAAUGAAGCGUCCACGGAACGUCGUCUCGUCCACUUCGUUUACUACACAUGCGGGAUAACUGCGCGAUACAAUUCCAUAUGUCAAAAGUGAUCGGAGAGACUGUCGGGAUUUUCCUUUGACGUUUCGUGACAUUUGACAAAUCGUGCAAAUCGGCUCCGCAAGUUCUGCGGAUUCUCGAUCAGCUGAUCCGGAAAUGGAAGGCGAGACGAAGCAUAAUAUCGAUGAACUCGUCGACGACUUGAAACGCGCUGUGAGACUUGAUGCUACGCAGGAAAAUGAAUGCUCCAACAUCGUUGAAAUGUUGGAUUCUAUAGCAAAUACCAGCAAAACUUUAACUGGAGAGGCGUUGGAGCUGGUCAUUAAUGAAGUUUUUCUGACAUUGCUUGGACACAAGUCUAAACAGAUUGUAGCAAAAACGGCAAAAGCCAUUGCAGAGAUUGCAAAGACUGAAAAGGGAAGAGAGAAAUGUACCAAUAUAGCGUUGAUACAAGCAUUGAUCGAUUUACUGAAGAAAAAAGAUAUAGACAUACUGACUCAGGCUUCAAGAGCUCUAGGAAAUAUCUGUUACGAAAAUGAGAAUGGUAAGAAACUGGUGCGGGAACAGGAUGGAUUAAAAAUAAUUUUAACAAUGCUGAAGAAAAGUAUUGCAUUAAAAAAUGUCGAGGGUGCAAGCUUUCUGCGAAACGUAGCUGCUGGUUCUUUAUUAAAUUUUUUGGUGGAUCAGGAAGCAUUGCAUCAAGAGGCACUCAAAGAAGACAUAGUACCCAUAAUUAGCAGCAUCUUGGAGGAAGAUGGGACCAAUGGUGGCGAAGCGGCUGUGCACGCAUUACUCACUCUUAGUUUAUUGAAUGACGCAAACAUCAUAUUUCUCGACGAGAGAUUAACGAGAAUUUUGAUGGAUGUAUUAGUCAGUGACACUUCCUCUGAAUUAUGUGAAAUGUGCUUGGAAUUAUUACAUGGUCAGGCGGAAGAUGAAAAAACAAAGCUGUUGCUAGCCAAAACAGGAGUGUGCGACUUGCUCCUAAAAUUAUUAGAAAAACAUGGUCCGCACUGCAAUGACGAAGAAACACGAUUAGUCCUAAAAGUUGCUUGCAACUUAAUAGUUUUAAUCUUAACUGGAGAUGACAGUAUGAACUUUCUUUACAACGAUAGCAAAGGCGAUGUCUACAGAAAGUUGGUGGAAUGGCUGGAGAGCAUCGAUGAAGACUUACAGAUCACCGCAGUUUUAGCUAUGGGCAACUUUGCACGCACCGAUAUACAUUGCAAACAUAUGGUCGAACAAGGUAUUCAUCGGAAGCUGCUGAAGCUUCUUCAAAGGAACGACAGCAAGUCCGGCGACAUUAGAUGCCAGCACGCCUUGCUUAGCGCAUUACGCAAUCUCGUCAUACCUACGGACAACAAAUCACUGAUACUCGCCGACGGUUUGAUCGAUACACUCUAUCCGAUGCUGGACAUCCCUACUUUUCCCGUUGUUUUCAAAUUGCUGGGAACCCUUAGGAUAGUCAUAGACGGUCAAAGAGAAGCAGCAAUCUCCUUAGGACAAAGGGAGGAUCUAAUCAAGCGAGCAGUUGAAUGGUGCAGUAUUGCGGACCACCCUGGCGUUCAGGGUGAAGCGAAUAGAUUGAUCGCUUGGAUAAUGAACAACAGCAGGGACAAGCAGAUCGCCUUGUCAAUCAUUAAGUACGGAGCGGUGAGACACUUGGUUAAUAUGCUUCUGGCACAGCAUGCAUUAAUGCAAAAUGAAGCGAUACUAGGUCUGACGAUAUUGACGAGGAUCUGUUUGAUGGAAUCUGAGGAGUUGCUGAUCGAAGCGGACUUUGGAAGCAACAUGCGCGAAUUUUUCCAAACGCGCGCCGAUAAUCUCGACAUACAUAUUGUGUUAAACGCGCUAUCCCUGUUGGAUGGCGUUGUUCAAUCAGAUCAGUUAAAAACACAUCUGAAAAACUGUGGACUAGCCGAUGCAUGUAAAGCUUUGCGGUUGCACAAAAAUGAAAAUAAUGAUAGUACGGAAAUCUGGACACGUGUCACUGCACUGUGCACUGUUCUGGGUACGAGCUAGGAACUCGAACUUGCUAAAAGUGUUCUAAAAAAAAAAAACUGGGUGACCAAAUCAAACCACAUAAUGCAUUAAUAUGCUUGCCAUUGAUUGUAUCUUCCAUUCAUUCCAGCAAUUACGCAAACUUCUCCAAUGACCAAAUCAUCAUUCAAACUUGAUCCACAGAUUGAUGUACAUUGUAAGAUGUACUUUAUUUAUUGAGAAAUACAUAUUCUAUUGAUGUA